GGUGUCGAUAACGCGCUUGUUGUCGAACUCGCAGUUCGCACAAAACAUGAUUUGUCUCUUACAAUAAUGAGGCGCGUGCGGCCGAACGGAGAGGCCACGUGGUGUCGGAAUGUGCGGCGUCCCCCCGCGGUUUAUAGUUUCAGGUGACUCAUCGCUCUGAAAUCACUGCCAUUUGUGUGUCACUCCUCUAUGGCCUUUUAAAUAGUGCUUUUCAGAAGCCACUGGCAGAACCGGACGAUUCAUUGUGGUUUAAAUAUUUCUUCUCGACUGCUAAAUUUAAAUGCAGGCUGUUCAAGGCUGCGUAUCGUAUGACUGUUGCGUGUCUUAAAAGUAAUCAGACGUGUCUGAAUUUGGGUUUACUAAUCGAUUACUAUUUUUGUUUACUGCUCACUCACUGUCAUUGUUUUUUUUUUUGAAUCACUACUCACUGGAUAAAUAAUGUAGUUUUCCCGAACAUGCAGCGAUAUGUGUGGAUGUCAGCAGUCAUCCGUUGACAGCUGUCAAGAAGAUCGCGGAGGUUUUGCGGGAAUGUUUGCUGCGUGACGUAAAUAACUGACCUGCUACGUAUUUGGUUUACUGCUUUUUGAAAUCAGUGCAAUUUUCAAGGUUUGAUUUCUUUUUUCUUUCUGGGUUGUGUUAGGUGUUUAGAACCAGGCAACAUUAUUAUUAUAGGAAGCGGAGGCCACAUAACUUGGCCCAGCCGGUGGGGGGGGUGUGUUUACCGGGAAGUGAUCAAAUUAAAGAUUAAAAGAUGCCCUUGCCGUUUGGAUUAAAACUGAAAAGGACCAGGAGAUACACGGUCUCCAGCAAGAACUGCCUUGUGGCGCGAAUUCAGCUGCUCAGCGAUGAGUUUCUGGAAUACACGCUUUCCGUGGAGAGCACCGCGCAGGAAUGCCUGGAAGCGGUCGCGCAGAGGCUGGAGCUGCGCGAGGUAACUUAUUUCAGUCUUUGGUAUUUCAACAAGCAAAAUCAACAAAGAUGGGUUGACUUGGAAAAGCCCCUGAAAAAGCAGCUGGACAAGUAUGGUGUGGAACCUACGGUUUAUUUUGGGGUUGUGUUUUAUGUGCCAGAUGUGUUCCAGCUUCAGCAGGAAAUAACAAGGUACCAAUAUUACCUUCAACUCAAGAAAGAUGUUUUGGAAGGGCGUAUACCCUGUUCCAUAGAACAAGCGAUUCGUUUAGCAAGUUUAGCGCUUCAAGCUGAUUUUGGUGACUUUGAUCACUUUGACUCCCAAGGCUUCCUGCAAAAGCUUGUGCUUUUUCCUGUUGGAUGGAUCCAGGAUGAAAGAGUGCUGGAAGAAGCCACUCAAAAAGUGGUCUCACUGUAUCAGAAAUAUAGAGGAUUGUUGUCUGCAGAAGCAGAAAUGCUCUACAUGCAGGAAGUGGAGAAGAUGGAGGGUUACGGUGAGGAGUGUUAUCAAGCAAAGGACAGCCAAGGUACUGAUGUAAUCAUUGGGACAUGUUUGGAUGGCAUCUUUGUCAAAUAUAAAAAUGGUAGACCUCCUGUAAUAUUUAGGUGGAAUGACAUUAACAACAUGACCCACAACAGAUCUUUUUUUGCACUUGAGCUAUCAAAUAAAGAAGAAACGAUUCAGUUCCAGACUGAGGAUUUGGAAACUUCAAAAUAUGUAUGCCGAAUGUGUCUUGCUCGACAGAAGUUCUACAAAAUAAUAAAUAGUAAUCUACAGGCUCACAGUCAGGUUGCUACUGCCAGCGCAGUGAGACGACGCUCAUCCACCAGAAUUUCCCUGCCAAACCCACAGCCCUGCUUGAUUCCCACUCCUCAGAUGCAUUACAAUGGACAGUACAAUGAAUUUUACAAGUCCUCUCAAGACAACCUCUACUUGACCAGUCAAAAUGGCUUUUUUUACCAUUCCCAAACCAGUUUGGAUCAUUCCACUCAUGAAUACAACGGUCAGAUCCAUAAUGGAAGUUUAUACAGUGCCCACAGCACCAGCUCUCUGAAUAACCCACAGCACCAUCUACAAACUUCUCCUAUGUCUUCUAAUCCCAGCAUUACAGGAAGCGAUAUGCGUGCUGACUACGUCACCCCCCAUCGACACAGCACUCUCAUCCCACCCUCUUACCGUGCCACACCAGACUAUGAAACAGUUAUGCGCCAAAAAAAGCAAAGCGUAUUGCAUAAUGACCAUCAAAAACUUUCAGCUCGGGACUUCAACAUCAGUACCUCUUAUGCCUACGGUCGGCCUGAUCUGCUUGUGUACAGUCAACCGGAAAUACGGGAACACUCUCAUCUUGGCGCACAGGGUAGUAGUCAGUUUAACGCCCACCUAAACUACAGCUUCCAUAGUCCUUCUCCAUAUCUGUACGCUAGAGAGCACCGGCAUGUGGUUGGGGCUGUCAGUGUCCCAGAGCUCACCAAUGUGCAGGCCCAAGAGUACUGCACUCCUAAUAUUUUGAGAACUCAGGUUUACCGCCCGCCACCCCCGUACCCUUACCCGCGGCCUGCAAACAGCACUCCUGAUCUUUCACAUCAUUUCAGUGUGAGUAAUAGUAAUCCAGAUCUGGUGACCCGAAGGGUACACCACUCUGUACAGACGUUCCAGGAAGACAGCCUUCCCGUGGCUCACUCGCUACAGGAGGUUAGUGAGCCCUUGAUCAUAACCAGAUCCCGCCACAUGAACAAACGGAACAGCAUUGAGAUUGCUGGACUUGCCUACGGAAUAGAAGGCAUUAAAGUAAAAGAACGGAAUAUGUCAUUGUCAGGAGCUGAGACAAACCCUCCCCAUAUUCGAUCCUCAGGCUCCAAACUCCAUGUCUUCUUGGAGAAGACAAAGAGCCAAGACGGAGGCAGCAAUGAAGACGUGCAGUAUUGCCACAAUAAAACAUUAUCAGAUGCCACAAUGCUUGUGCACAGCAGUGGUGAAGAGGAGGAUUUCGAUGAAAGCGCCUGCCAUGUGCCACAGGAUACGGCUGGUACCCUACAGCAGCAUGUAGCUGUUCCGAGAGAGCCCGUCGACCGUCCCAUUUCUUACCUUUGCGAUCAACCUCUUACCCCACAAGAUCAUGGCAUGUCCCAUGAAUCGCAUGGACUCAUUCAGGAGUCAGAACUGGGGCAUUCCUCAGUGGAGAGUGAUAUUUUUAAAGCCACAAAUAAAUGCCUACAGGCAGCAGAUACUCAGAGGAGUAAUGGAAGUACACAAGUGUCCUCAAUCAUGCCACAGGACCUCAGGGCCCAACCCCAACAAAGGCCCAAGCAAAACGUGGAUGGGAAGUGGCCUGUUCCAGAUGUACUAACUAGGAGGAAGAAUCCGCUGGAUAGCUUUCAACCACUGCUGGGGAUGAAGAGAGGAACUAAGUCUGAGGUGAAGAAAAUGGGCCCUUUAAAACUGGCAGCGCUAAAUGGACUAGCAAUGUCCAAAAUGCCAGUACACAGCGAGAAUAAGAAGGAGCCAGAGAACAUCUCCAACGACGAGAGGUGUAAGAUAUUGGAGCAGCAGUUGGAGAAAGGCAUGGUGUUCACAGAAUACGAGCAGCUGCCUAAGAAGUUCCUCGACGCAGAGUGCUCUGUUGCUCAGCUGCCAGAAAAUUCCGAAAGAAACCGCUUCCAGGAUGUCUUGCCAUAUGACAACACUCGUGUAGAGCUGGUCCCCACCAAAGAGAACAAUACAGGCUAUAUAAAUGCCUCCCAUAUCAAGGUAAUUGUAAGUGGCCAUGAGUGGAAUUAUAUUGCUACUCAGGGACCGCUUUCCAACACCUGUCAGGACUUCUGGCAGAUGGUCUGGGAACAAGGUGUGGUCAUCAUUGCCAUGGUGACUGCUGAGGAGGAAGCAGGAAGGGAGAAGAGCUUUGGUUACUGGCCUCGUUUGGGCUCACGCCAUAACACAGUCACAUACGGCCGCUUCAAAAUUACUACUCGUUUCCGAACCGAUUCUGGCUGCUAUGCUACUACAGGCCUGAAGGUCAAGCACCUGUUGAGUGGUCAGGAACGUACUGUCUGGCAUUUGCAGUACACAGAUUGGCCUGAUCACGGCUGCCCUGAGGACUUUAAGGGCUUUUUGUCAUACUUGGAGGAGAUUCAGUCGGUGAGAAGGCAUACAAACAGCACGACAGACCCAAAGAACCCCAUACCAGUCCUGAUCCACUGCAGUGCUGGCGUGGGACGGACCGGCGUGGUUAUUUUAUCUGAAAUCAUGAUUGCUUGUCUGGAACAUAAUGAGAUGGUGGAUGUCCCGACUGUUCUGAGUUUGUUGCGUCAUCAGCGAAUGAUGAUGGUGCAGACAAUCUCACAGUACAUUUUUGUUUACAAAGUGCUUAUUCAGUUCCUUAAGAAUUCAAGACUCAUAUAAAUGUUCUUAUAUACUAUGCAUUUUUAAGAAGAGCUUAAAUCCUAUUAUCAAGCCUUUGCUUUGUGAGAUGUUUUGAUGUGUUGUUUUUUUU